CCAACCUACCAGCUUCUCCCUAAAGCUUUGCAUACCCGCCGCUUGGCCGGGCUCAUCACCAGGCAGAGCCCCUCUCAUGCGACUGUACCAACCGACCGGCACCAUGGAGCUCAUCAGCCGAUCACAGCUGCUCAGCAGGAAGUGUCACCUUCUGUACUAGACUUGCGCCACCAUGGAGCUCCGAUAAACCCUACCUCUUUUCUUCUCCAAUCUCUUGCCCCGGAUCUUCUGCGGUAUAACGAUGGGAACAUGGCGUGAUCUACGUGUGGCGUUCAUCGUGGGGUCUUUGUUCAUGAUCCUGCUCAUCAUCGCCUACUGGGAUGAUGUUGGGGGCUUCAGUCUGUACCCUUUGCAAGACCACAAACACGAGCGUUGCUCCCAGACGACCACAGGCCACUCGAUCCCGGCCUCCACCCACAGCACCGCUUCGUAUGGAGGAAUAUCCAACACAACAUGGGCUCCGACCAGGACAGACAUAAACAUGGAGGGAAUAGGGCAACAGGAGGUGAGAAGAGAGGAAGAGCAGGAUCAGAUUUCAGAUGGAAGUAGGGAGCAAAUGGCAAGGAAGCAAAGGAUUACGGAUGUGUGUUCAGGGAAAGACGUGGUGGAAUUUCCCGGGAGGAUUCGAGCAUUUGAACAGAUCCCCAACAGGGAAUUGGACCACUUGAUCGUUGAUGACACACACCAGAUCAUCUACUGCUAUGUGCCCAAGGUGGCGUGCACCAACUGGAAGAGAGUGAUGGUGGUCCUGUCCCAAUCUCUGGUCUCGCCCAUCUCAGGAGAACCUUAUACUGACCCAGAGUCGGUGCCCCCGGACCUGGUGCACAACUCCUCGCUUCACCUCACUUUUGCUAAGUUUUGGCGCCAUUAUGGCUCUCUUUCCCGCCACCUGAUGGCGCUCAAGCUCCAGCACUACACCAAGUUCCUGUUCGUACGCGACCCCUUUGUACGGCUCAUCUCAGCGUUCAGAAACAAGUUUGGAAGGCCCAAUGAGGACUUCUACCGGCAGUUUGGGUCAGUCAUUCUGCGUCGUUAUGGCAACAUUUCAGGGAGUUUGCCAGAAACGGCGGCUGAGGCGUUUGCAGCGGGGAUCAAACCGACCUUCCAGCAGUUUAUCUCAUACCUACUGGAUGCAGAGACUGAGAAGGAGAGCAUCUUCAAUGAACACUGGCGUCAGGUUUACCGCCUCUGCCAUCCGUGCCAAGUAAACUACGACUUCAUUGGCCGUCUGGAAACCCUAGAAACGGACGCACUGCAGCUGCUAAAGCUUCUGCAAGUGGAUCAUCUCCUUCGCUUCCCCUCUGGAGCACGAAACCGGACUGCGGCCAGUUGGGAAAAGGACUGGUUUUCCCAGAUUCCCAUUUCUAUGAGGACAGAACUGUACAAGCUUUAUCAAGCAGAUUUUGAGCUGUUUGGCUACCCCAAACCUGACAGUGUGCUGCACCAGUAAGACCUCACCUAAAAGAACUUUAAAGACCAAGUCUAUGAUGCUGUUUGUGGGUGCAUAUACCUCAAAAGACGAGAAGUGCCUGCCAGGAUUAUUUAAUUCUGUACAUUUUUUUUCUUCUGUUUUGGCUUAUUUUGACUCAGUCAAUUCUACUCUGUUCUAUGAUAAAGCACUUUGAAUCAUUUACUGAUAAUUUAUGGCGAAGGACACGUGAUAUCUAUGAAGGGACAUCUUUUACAGUGUAUUAA